GCCCAAAAGGGGGUUCAGAAGAAAAUUGGUCUGUUUGGAUGGUCCGAUCACAUGGCUUCACCUUCUCCGUCUCAACCGACAUACAUUCCUAUGCCAUCAGACCCAGGUGGCAAACCCAUAGAUCAUGAAGGUCUCUUGCCACUGGUCCCUAUCCACAUUGUCACCCUUCCAUCUCAACUUCCAAUUGAAUUCCUGGAGCCCUCUCCUGAAAGGAAAUUGGUCAUUGGUUUUGAUUGUGAAGGUGUUGACCUAUGUCGCCAUGGAACACUUUGUAUCAUGCAGAUUGCUUUUCCAGAUGCUAUUUAUCUGGUUGAUGCUAUUCAGGGGGGAGAGAUGCUUAUGAAAGCCUGUAAGCCUGCACUUGAAUCUAGUUACAUCACAAAAGUUAUUCACGAUUGCAAACGAGAUAGCGAGGCAUUGUAUUUUCAAUUUGGCAUCAAGCUGCACAAUGUUGUGGAUACCCAAAUUGCCUAUUCUCUAAUAGAGGAGCAGGAAGGACGGAAAAGAUUGGUGGAUGACUACAUAUCAUUUGUUGGCCUCCUAGCAGAUCCACGCUAUUGUGGUGUAUCCUAUCUUGAGAAGCAAGAAGUUCGUGACCUCUUAAGGCAGAACCCUGAUUUUUGGACGCACAGACCCUUAUCUGACCUGAUGGUCCGGGCAGCUGCAGACGAUGUACGUUUCCUUCUUUACAUCUAUCACAAGAUGAUGGAAAAAUUGAAUGAACGAUCCUUAUGGUAUCUUGCUGUUCGUGGUGCACUGUAUUGCCGAUGUUUCUGCAUCAAUGAUAAUGAUUAUGCUGAUUGGCCACCUCUCCCUCCCAUUCCAGAUAACCUGAUUGUAGAAGGAAAUGCUCCAGAGGAAGAAAUCCUCUCGGUUCUUCAUGUUCCCCCUGGAAAAAUGGGUCGUGUUAUUGGAAGACGAGGAGCUUCCAUUUUGUCAGUCAAGGAAUCUUGCAAUGCGGAGAUUCUCAUUGGAGGUGCCAAGGGCCCACCUGACAAGGUGUUCAUCAUCGGACCCGUGAAGCAGGUGAGGAAAGCAGAAGCCAUAUUAAGGGGACGAAUGCUGGAAAUGUAUUGAGGAAAAACUUGUAGUGCUUGUGUUAAAUUAUAACACUCUAAAAAUAAUAAACAGAAAGACUUGACAAAUAGCCAGCUGUGCAAACUUCCCUGCCAUCAUUUACUAUCCAUUUGUACAGAAAUGAUGAACCAGUCAGGUUGAUGAGCUGCUACUUCGUAUCCCUGUUACCUACCAUUACGUUUCUAUUGAAGGUUGAUGACUUGAAAUCUUUGGAAAACACUCCAAACCAACUCUAGCAUAAGAGGUCUUGAGCCUUUUGGCCUACUCUUAAACUUGAAAGAGACCUUCAUGGAUCGAUCAUCAUCUACCUACCUGUAAAUCCAUUUGGUUUCAAUUUAAGACUGAAUUUAUGCA